AUUUUGCAAUUCAGGCGGGAAAGUAUAAACAGCUGAUUUAUUAUAUGAAGGUUCGGCGUAACCUCUUUUGUACAGCUGAUCAGGAUUUUUCAAUAGGGGUGUUAACAGUAUGUCGUUGAUUGGUUUGGCGAUGCGGUUGAGCCGGCCCGGGCCCAUGGUCGCCCUGGCUAGGACGGUAUACGGAAAGGCGUACCGCGACAUGGACAAGAAAAAGGAUUAUUACGAUUAUAAGAACAAAACUUACCCGUUAUGGUAUAGCAUGCUGUUCGAUAGCACUACAUCAAGGUUCGACGAGAACACCAAGCUUAUCGUGGUCGACGGACCCGUUGCGUCAGGUAAGACGGAAUUCGCAAAAAAACUCGCCGAAGAGCUCGAUAUGUACCAUAUAGAAGACGCCCACAUGGAUUUGAGGUAUAUCAACCCGUACGGGUAUGAUAUGAGACAGCUUGACCCCCAGCUGCCCGAGUCUGUCCGGUCUUACGACGACAAAAACUUCUGCAGGGACCCUUUUCAUAUGAACGCUGCGGCUUACCAGUUUUGGAUGUACAGGCUGCGCUAUUCGUUGUAUGUCGACGCGCUCGCCCAUGUCUUGAGCACAGGGCAAGGUGUCAUCAUUGAGAGGUCGCCGUGGAGUGAUAUGGUUUUCGUCGAGGCCAUGACUAAAAAUGGCUACAUGAGUAAAGAAGCGAAAAGUGUUUAUAAUGUAGUAAAGAAGAGUACAAUCAUUCAGUUGAUGAUGCCUCACCUUGUGAUCUAUCUCGACAUGCCAGUGAGCAAGGUGAAAGAGAAUAUUGUUAUGAGGGGCCGGGAUCACGAGGUGAAUUCGAAGGCGUUGACUGAUGAUUACCUCCUCGACAUCGAACAAGAGUACAAGUGUACUUACCUUCCCGAGAUCUCGACCCAUGCCGAGUUGUUAGUAUACGACUGGUCGGAAGGCGGUGACGUCGAGGCAGUCGUUGAAGACAUAGAGCGAAUUGAUUUCGACCGUUACACCAAGUACGACAAAAAGCUUAUCGACUGGAAAAAGCCCAAGGAGAACAUAUGGGCCGAGUUCAGGCGCAGGUACGCCGACCAGAAGGACGAGCUCAUGGAACAGUUCGACAUACCACUUUUCGACGCUCCUGAACUACUCGCACCGGGAGAGGACGUCAAAGUUUGGACCGAAGUAUGGUAUUCGGCACCUGGGAUGGAAUAUAAACAAGGCUACAACAUACAUAAAGGGGAAAGCAUAUUGUUUAAUACCAGAGAAGAUAAAUAUGUACCAUAUUAAUUUAUAAAAUAAAAUGUAAAUAGCC